UUUUAACCAUUUACCUCUGCGAGCGCCGAGGAGCUUCUGGAACUCUACGGAGGUUUCCCGAUCGCUUAGCUGUUCGCUGUUCGGAGUAUUUAGCUCUCACCUCGCGAUCCUCUUCACCUCCGGACUCUUUUUCUUGUUCAUUCACUCUUGAGAUGAUUCUGAAGCAUCUGGCUGCGGCGAAUUCUUACCUUUACCUGUGAAAAUGUCGAAAGACGGGCCUAACUGGGAAGGACUGUUCAAAUGGAGCGUCGCUCAUUCCGACGGAACUCGUCCCACGCGCAACCUGAGCGAGGAGGAUCGGAGAUGGUUCAUGGAAGCUAUGCAAUCUCACUCGGUGGAUGUGAUGAAGCGGAUGAAGGAGAUAACGCUUGUUAUGCAGACACCGGAGCAAGUCUUGGAGUCUCAAGGCGUCACUCCUACAGAUAUUGAAGGUAUGCUGGACGAGCUUCAGGAGCAUGUUGAGGCCAUCGACAUGGCCAAUGAUCUUCACUCCAUUGGUGGUUUAGUCCCUCUACUUUCCUACUUGAAGAAUGCCCAUGCCAAUAUUCGAGCAAAGGCUGCAGAUGUUGUCAGCACCAUUGUCCAGAACAACCCUCGUAGUCAACAGUUGGUAAUGGAGGCAAAUGGCCUAGAAUACCUCCUUUCUAAUUUUACUUCCGAUCCUGAGGUCAUGGUUCGGACCAAAGCCCUUGGCGCUAUAUCCUCUCUAAUUAGGCACAAUAAACCUGGCAUUACCGCUUUUCGACUUGCAAAUGGUUAUGCAGCUUUGAAGGAUGCUUUGACUUCUGAUAAUUUGCGAUUCCAGAGGAAAGCCCUGAACUUGAUCCACUACCUCUUGCACGAGAACAGUUCUGACUGUGACGUUGUCACGGAGCUAGGGUUUCCCCGUCUAAUGAUGCAUCUUGCUGCUAGCGAUGAUGCAGACGUGAGAGAAGCAGCUCUUCGUGGUCUACUUGAGCUUGCCCGAGACAGUUCUGAUGGCUCUAGCAGUCAAUUAAGGGAGGAUGAUGAGAAGCUGAAGCUACUCCUCCAAGAGCGGAUUAAGGGCAUCAGUUUAUUGUCUCCGGAUGAUCUCAGAGCUGCGAGAGAGGAAAGGCAUCUGGUGGACUCAAUCUGGAAUGCCCGAUACAAGGAGCCUUCUUCGCUGCAGGAGCAAGGGCUCCUCGUCCUUCCGGGGGAAGAUGCUCCUCCUCCUGAUGUCGCGAGCAAACAUUUUGAGCCUCCGCUCAGGGCUUGGGCUGCGUCAGAAGCUAGUAAAAGUUCCAGCACUGAGAAGAAGAAGGCGGCCCCAUUGCUACUGGGUGCUGGUCCGCCACGCGAUGCCCCUCCUGAGCAAGAUAGCACAAGCAGAAAUGAUGCUGACUCGCAGUCAAACCCUCGUACAUAAGUCAAAGUCAUAGCAUCCAUCUUGUUGUGAUAAUGUAUCUGUGCAGUUCUCCGUGUUCCGUGGAGACUUCCUCCAUGCUACUUAAGGAAAGGGGGAAGUUUUAUUCACCUGCCGCCUGCCUGUGAUCUAUUAACUUUAGACGAUCCUUUAUUUUAUUCUCCUGGUCUUUUUUGGAGCAAAAGAGGGAGGGAGGGAGAGAUAUGUAUUACUGUUUCCUGGUAGAACAUCGUUUUAGUAUUCUAUUUACCAAACAUCAUGCCGGAAUUGCUGAGUUCUGUAGCAAUCUCGUCAUUCUGAUCACUGUGUUCCAUUUUCCGGCAACAUAGCAUCAAUAUAGCAUAGAUGAUAGCCUUUUCUUUCAA